CCGCCUGGAUAUAGCAAGAGCACGAGCAAGCUAGCUAAAAGCAGCCAAGAUGGCUAGACCGCCGUUGCUCGUCCUCGCGGUCGCCGCCGCCGCCGUCUGCGGCCUCGCGCAGCCUGGAGCGGCCGACCUGAAGGUGGACUACUACGCGAGCACCUGCCCGAACGUGGAGGCCAUCGUGCGCGGCGUGGUGCAGCAGAAGAUGCAGGCCACCAUCCGGAGCAUCGGCUCCACCAUCCGCCUCUUCUUCCACGACUGCUUCGUAGAGGGUUGCGACGGGUCGGUGCUGAUCGAGUCGACGCCGGACAACCAGGCCGAGAAGGACGCCUCCGACAACAAGUCCCUCGCGUUCGAAGGCUUCGACACGGUGCGGAGCGCCAAGGCCGCCGUCGAGGCCGCCUGCCCCGACACCGUCUCCUGCGCCGACGUGCUCGCCCUCGCCACUCGAGACGCGAUCGCCAUGAGUGGCGGGCCCUCCUUCCCGAUUGAGCUGGGCAGGCUGGACGGCCUGAGCUCCAACGCCAGCAGCGUACCAGGCCAGCUGCCCGAGCCGAACCAGACCAUGGACCAGCUGCUGGCGGUCUUCAAGGCGCACGGGCUCAACAUGUCCGACCUCGUCGCGCUCUCAGCGGCGCACAGCGUGGGUCUGGCGCACUGCAGCAAGUUCUCGAACCGGCUGUACAGGUACCAGCCGGGGCAGCCGACGGACCCGACGCUGAACCCCACGUACGCGAGGUUCCUGGAGAGCAAGUGCCCCGACGGCGGCCCGGACAACCUGGUGCUCAUGGACCAGGCCUCGCCGGCGCAGCUCGACAACCAGUACUACCGGAACCUGCAGGACGGCGGCGGGCUGCUGGGCUCCGACGAGCUGCUCUACACCGACAACCGGACGCGGGCCAUGGUGGACGCGCUCGCCAACAGCACCACCGCCUUCUACAAGGCCUUCGCCGACGCCAUCGUCAGGCUCGGCCGCGUCGGGGUCAAGUCCGGCAGGCGGGGCAACAUCCGCAAGCAGUGCGACGUCUUCAACUGAAAGAAAAUCAAAGCCGCCGGGUGAGCGAGCAGCGGUGCAUGUGUGUGAGUGUGCACACGAAAUUGUGUGCAUGCUGACAUACGUGUCCCGGAGGAAAAAAAUCGAUCGGUUGGGUGUUUUCGGUGAUGUUUGUUGGACUUGUACAUCUCUCUUGUUUGAUUCAUUGCAUGGGUUGAUUGUUGAAACUGUAUGUAACGCACAUAAGAUGUUCUUUCGCAAUUGUACACGGUGACGAAUAAAACAUUCUCCAGAAUAAUCAUGCGAUCAGGUAUAAACCUGUCAUCGUCUCGUUUUUUUA